CCGGACGGCUCCGUGGACAACCGAGGGUGGCCGCGAACACGAGUAAAGCCAAGAGGGCCACCUGGUGCGCGUCGGAGGCAUUUUUUGCCGCCCUUUCCGGACCUCUCACUGUUGUCGCCACCCCCAGCAGGGAAAUUUUUCGCCUUGGGAACGUCUACCCAGAAGAAGCCGGCAGCACGCCUGCGCAAGAGAGCUCGGCAGCGGCGGCUUACGCCUGCGCACCAGGGCUCGGCGGCGGCUUGCGCCUGCGCGGCGCGGCGCUGCGGAGACCGUUGGCUCAUUUGCAUGUCCCCGCCUCGCGCAGUGGCGGCGGGUGAGGAGCCUGAAGUGUCGGCGGGGGCGGCUCCGCGCGCGGUGGGCUCGGGGUCAAAGAAACAUGGCAGCAAGACGAAUUGCUCAGGAGACUUUUGAUUCUGUUUUACAAGAAAAAGCUAAACGAUAUCACAUAGACCCCAGUGGUGAGGCUGUAGGUGAAACUCUUCAGUUUAAAGCUCAAGAUCUCUUAAGGGUGGUCCCAAGAUCCAGAGCAGAUAUGUAUGACGAUGUUCACAGCGACAGCAGAUACUCCCUCAGCGGAUCUGUAGCUCACUCUCGAGACACGGGAAGAGAAAGCUUGAGAGGUGAUGUAUUUCCAGGGCCUUCCUUCAGAUCGAGCAACCCUUCCAUCAGCGAUGACAACUACUUUCGCAAAGAAUGUGGCCGGGAUCUAGAAUUUUCCCACCCUGACUCCCGGGACCAGGUUAUUGGCCACCGGAAAUUGGGACAUUUCCGUUCUCAGGACUGGAAAUUUGUGCUCCGUGGCUCUUGGGAGCAAGACUUUGGCCAGUCAGUUUCUCAAGAGUCCUCUUGGUCACAGGAAUAUAGCUUUGGUCCUUCUGCAGUACUGGGGGACUUUGGCUCCUCCAGGCUAAUUGAGAAAGAGUGUUUGGAGAAGGAGAGUCGGGAUUAUGAUGUGGACCAUCCAGGGGAGGGUGACUCUGUGCUCAGGGGCAGUGGUCAAGUCCAGGCCAGAGGCCGAGCUCUAAACAUCGUUGAUCAGGAAGGUGCCCUCCUAGGAAAGGGGGAGACUCAGGGCCUGCUCACAGCUAAGGGUGGUGUUGGGAAACUUGUCACACUGAGAAGUGUGAGCACAAAAAAAGUACCUGCUAUAAAUCGUAUUACUCCCAAAACUCAGGGCACUAACCAAAUCCAGAAAACCACCCCAAGUCCUGAUGUGACCCUGGGGACAAAUCCAGGGACAGAAGACAUCCAGUUUCCCAUUCAGAAGAUCCCUUUGGGGCUGGAUCUAAAGAAUCUUCGCCUCCCCAGAAGAAAGAUGAGCUUUGACCUCAUAGAUAAGUCUGAUGUUUUUUCAAGAUUUGGUAUAGAAAUAAUCAAAUGGGCAGGAUUUCAUACCAUAAAAGAUGAUGUUAAAUUUUCCCAGCUUUUCCAGACUCUCUUUGAACUUGAAACUGAAACUUGUGCUAAAAUGCUUGCCUCAUUCAAAUGCUCCUUAAAACCAGAGCACAGAGAUUUUUGCUUUUUUACUAUCAAAUUUUUAAAGCACUGUGCUUUGAAAACACCCAGAGUUGAUAAUGAAUUUUUAAACAUGCUUCUAGACAAAGGUGCUGUGAAGACCAAAAAUUGCUUUUUUGAAAUCAUAAAGCCCUUUGAUAAGUAUAUAAUGAGACUUCAAGACCGUCUUCUGAAGAGUGUCACUCCUCUGCUCAUGGCCUGCAAUGCCUAUGAGCUGAGUGUCAAGAUGAAGACCCUCAGUAACCCCCUGGACUUGGCUGUUGCCCUAGAGACCACCAAUUCUCUCUGCCGGAAGUCUUUGGCCCUUUUGGGACAGACAUUCUCCUUGGCCUCUUCAUUCAGGCAAGAGAAAAUCUUAGAAGCCGUCGGCCUCCAAGAUAUAGCUCCCUCUCCUGCCGCUUUUCCAAACUUUGAGGACUCCACUUUGUUUGGUAGAGAAUACAUAGAUCACCUGAAGGCCUGGCUGGUUAGCAGCGGGUGUCCCCUCCAGGUCAAGAAAGCCGAACCAGGGCCCACACGAGACAAAGCAAAAAUGAUUCCUCCUGUGGAACUAGAAAUUCAGGCCAAGGCUCUGAGUGGUCCGAGUAAAGCGGUCCCCCAGCGAGCGGAUCACAAGGUGGUAGACACCAUUGACCAGCUUGUCACACAUGUCAUCGAAGGCAGCCUGUCUCCCAAAGAGAGUGCCAUUCUCAAGGAGGACCCUGCUUACUGGUUUUUGUCUGAUGAAAAUAGUCUGGAAUAUAAAUAUUACAAGCUGAAAUUGGCAGAAAUGCAGCGGAUAAGCCAGGCCUUACCAGGAGCCGAUCAGAAGCCAACCUCAGCGGAGUGUGCAGUGCGGGCCAUGCUGUAUGCCCGGGCAGUCCGCAGCCUCAAGAAGAGACUGCUUCCGUGGCAGCGUCGGGGGUUCCUCCGUGUGCAAGGUCUCCGGGGGUGGAAGGCAAGGAGAACGAGCACCGGGACCCAGACCCCUUUGUCCUUGGGCACAAGGCUGAAGCACCACAGCCGGCAGGCUCCAGGCCCCUUGCGUGCAAAGCCGUCACUGUCAGACAGGAACGAAGCUGUGAAGGAUUGCCCACCAGACCCUGCCAGACCCUCUCCUUGUGACCCUACCCCAGAAACCUCAGGCCCAUCCCCCAAGCCAGCAGGAGUGGACAUCUCUGAAGCCCCUCGGACCUCCUCUCCCUGCCCAUCUGCUGACGUUGACAUGAAAACAGUGGAGACUGCAGAGAAACUGGCCAGAUUUGUUGCUCAGGUGGGACCAGAGAUAGAACAAUUCAGCAUAGAAAACAGCAUCGAUAACCCUGAACUGUGGUUUCUCCAUGACCAAAAUAGUGCUGCUUUCAAAUUCUACCGGAAGAAAGUGUUUGAACUGUGCCCAUCAAUUUGUUUCACGUCAUCUCCACUCAACCUCCAUGCCGGCGGCGAGAGUGCAGAUUCUCAGGAGAGCCCCUUAGACCACAUGGAAGGGGAAGCAGAAUUUGAGGACGAGGCCCCUCAGCAGCAGGUUGAGCUGGAGAGCCCAGAGGUGAUGCCUGAGGAGGACGACGACGACAAUGACGGAGACGGGGCAGAGGAGGGCCCUGUUCACGGAGGGGCCGGCAAGUUCAAGGGCAGCACCCUGGCCGAUGGCCUCCCCGGCGAGGCUGCCGAGGACGACCCAGCUGGAGUGCCUGCCUUGUCACAGGCCUCCUCAGGCACCUGCUUCCCCCGGAAGAGGAUCAGCAGCAAGUCAUUGAAGGUUGGCAUGAUUCCAGCUCCCAAGAGAGUGUGUCUCAUCCAGGAGCCAAAAGUCCAUGAACCAGUUCGAAUCGCUUAUGACAGGCCUCGGGGUCGUCCCAUGUCCAAAAAGAAGAAACCCAAGGACUUUGACUUCACCCAGCAGAAGCUGACUGACAAGAACCUGGGCUUCCAGAUGCUGCAGAAGAUGGGCUGGAAGGAGGGCCACGGCCUGGGCUCCCUCGGGAAAGGCAUCCGGGAGCCUGUCAGCGUGGGGACCGCCUCGGAAGGGGAGGGGUUGGGUGCCGAUGGGCAGGAGCACAAAGAAGACACGUUCGACGUGUUCCGGCAGAGGAUGAUGCAGAUGUACAGGCACAAACGGGCCAACAAAUAGAUCAAAAUCACUGGUGAGAAAGAUAAGCCUUGAAGCAGCAAUUACCCUUAAAAUGUCCUCCCCGUCUGGACCUGCCUGGAGCCAGUGCCCAAGUACGGUUUGGUGUGUACAUGAAAACAAACAUCUCUGCGGUCUCUGGGGCCCAGGUUUUGCUGGCUUUUCUUUCUCUUAAAGAAAAAGAACGCACCGGAGGGGCAAGGGCAAUAUACGUAACCUAAACAUUUGUACCCCCAUAAUAUGCUGAAAUAAAAAAAAAAGAAAGAAAAAGAAUGCACCAUUUUCAAUAUGCUUUUGCCUCUCCUCUCUCUUCCAAAUGCUUUUAGCAGCAAAUCCCUCCAGGUCUGUCUUGGGUCCUCUUCAGAAGGUGGUGCUGCCCUGACAGGGACCUUGGCCUGUAAGUGCCGAGGACCAGCUCCUCUGGCCGAUUUUCCAGUCUGAGGGCCGUUGCUCUCCAGAAGUGCUGUUAGCGAGCAUAGUGCGGAAACGCUUACAGAUGGUGUUUGCCUGUUGUUCCCCAGAGCUUGCGGGGGGGAGACAUCAAUAAGUGCCAAGUCUGCACUCUGGCACCAGAGCUCCGAAGCACUCUGAACGGUCAGAGAUACUUGACUGGAUGAACGUGUGAACGGUGUCUCAUCUCUUCAAUACGUCCUGAGAGACUUGAUGAAAUCUUAGCAACAGUAUAGUAGAGGUGUAUUCAGUGGGAGUAAUCGUUCAACAAAUUAAACUUUCCUCAAAUUUAUGCCUCUUUAGAAUCCACAAUGUAAGCAAACUACAAUGAGUUUUUUUAAAAAACCACAUAUGGAGUCUCCCUACAAAGAGGUGGGGGUUGUAAACCCUCCAAGACUCUUCAUUUUCUGCACGUGUGGCCAUGUAAAGACUUGUGUCAUUGCAGCCUUUGUGAAGAAGAGAAAGGCUCCUCUUGGGGUGGGCUCUGCAGCUGCCCGCUAUUUCAAGGCAUGUGAUUGCUGCUGCCUUCCACAGUCCCCAGAGCCCCACUGCUUGUAACUACAUGUGAAAUUCUCAGGCUGUGGGAAUCUCAUCCCUUCUUCAUAAAGCAGCAGUGUUGAAGUUUUAAAUACCUGCUAAAACUAGAAGACUUGGGAUCCUGCUGACACUCCAGUGUUGGGGGACACAGCAAGGGGGUAGGGUGUCAGCCACAGAACUGAGUGGGAAGAGCCACUUUUGUUGGCUGUGAAGAAAUCCUUGCUUGCUUUAAGCCGCAGACCUCUCAGGCCAGUCAUCCCAGCUCCUCGGGUUCUCUCUGGUCUGUCUGACCCCCGACCCUGCCCAGCGCCACAGCCCCCGAGGCUCUGCUCGCUUCUGGUCUCUUCUAUUGCUUUGGCAACCAGAAGAUCUUGAUGGCCCUGGGAGGUGCUGGCGUUUGCCGGCACUGCGGAUGGGUCUGGGGUUUGCAACCCGACUCUCAAACGAGCUAGCCUCUGGUGGUCUGGGGUGAAAAUGGUUCGGGGGGAGCCACAGGUAAAGGGGUUCAUCUUUCUUUCCCAGCCCUUCCAACAGCUUCCAUGUUGGCUGUGGGUCAGGCGAAUGGGUAGAACUGAGUGAGGUGCACAUACCACCAGUGGGAGGAUCAAGCUCUUCCGCUAUAGCACAGCUCCGAGUGCUGUGUGCGCCUUGUCCCGUCAUGCUUAUUCUUGACUUUCUCCACUUCUAUUUAUGAAAAAGCCAAGUACUUUAGGAAUUCCUGAUGUGUGGGCACUGACCCGCACAGCCUCCUGCCAUUCCUCCUGGGGACGUCCCGGUUUAAGCUGACAUGGUUUCUGGGAGCCAGUGGCAGGUAUCAAAGGGAACACCUACUUCUUGAGCCUAGAAAGUCCUGUAAGCCCUCAGAGGAUGCCUUUCCUGUGGAUGCAAUGUCAAGGCAGUGAAGGUGUUCCUGGGAGCCAGAGCGGGGGGCGGGGGGGGGGCGGGCAGUGCACCCUUCUUCCAGCUGUUGGCUGGGGACGAGAUGCUGCUGGCCCUCCGUGUCCUCCUCCCCCAUCUCUCUUAACCAAGACUGUGCUUGCUGCCCGCAAAGGCCGCCGUGCAGAGAUGUUGCGUGCAAGCAUGAUGUGUAGUGGCACAGCCUUGUCAAAGUCACAGCAUCUUUUCUGUCG